AUGGCAACUACUUCUAAAAGCCAUAUUGCCACUCUCUUUUUCUUCUUCUCUGUUAUAGCCUGCUCUUAUGCUGCUAUAGAUCCAAACAAGCUUCCUAAAAACACUUUUAUUCACUUCCCGAUUCGAAAGAACCAAUCUACUCUCCAAUAUUACACCACCUUUGAUUUUAACCCCCCAGAUUCAUUUACCAUAGUUGAUGCAUUGAUUGAUCUAGGAGCACCAACUGUUUGGAUUGAUUGUACAUCGUAUAAAUCAUCUACAUAUAAAAGAGUUUCAUGUCGUUCAAACAAAUGCAAGAAAUCCAUGUCGCCUUACUGUUUACGGUGCAACGGACCACUUGCACCCGGUUGCUCCAACAACACCUGUGGUGUUGGAGCUUAUAACCCUUUUACCGAACACUUGACUGUUCAAGAGUUUGGUGAGGAUACAAUGAGGGCAUCGUCGACAGAUGGUCGCUAUGUUUUGAUCGAUUAUGACGUACCCCAAUUUCAGUUCUCUUGUGCUGAUGAUCUAAGUGUACUAGGCUUACCUGGUGACCAUACUAAAGGGUUGGUUGGUCUUGGAAGAACUCAAGUUUCAUUGGCUUCACAAAUUUCAUCUUCUUUCAACUUGCCUCCGAAGUUUGCUCUUUGUCUACCGUCAUCAUCCGAAUAUGGACUAGGGGACAUUUAUGUUGGUGGCGGUCCAUACUACAUGCCACCUGUUAUCGGAGACCAAUCUUCGUCCUUUGCCAGGACUCCACUCGUUGUCAAUCCUGUCAGUACUUCCCCGGACUCUUAUAUACAAGGAUCAUCCGUUGAGUAUUUCAUUAGUGUCAAGCACAUCGAAAUCAAUGGUAAACAUGUAUCUUUUAACUCAUCAUUGCUAUCGUUUGACAAGAAUGGAGUUGGGGGAACCAAGAUUAGUACUAUAGCACCUUAUACCAUUUUGCAUGCCUCCAUUUAUAAACGUCUUGUUAAAGAUUUCGUCAAGGAAGCUACACUGAAGAAGAUCAAAAGGGUAACAUCCGUCGCACCAUUUGGGGCGUGCUUUGAUUCCAAAACCAUUUCAAAGUCAAUAACUGGACCAGCGGUCCCAGAUAUCGAUCUAGUUUUGGAAGGCAAUAUGGUAUCAGAAAAGUUUAGACUAUCUGGUUCAAACUUAAUGGUGGAAGCUAAGAAGAAUGUGUUGUGCCUUGCUAUUAUUGACGGGGGUGCCGAGCCAAGAACAUCUAUUGUCUUGGGUGGACAUCAACUGGAGGAUCGUCUACUAGAAUUUGAUCUAAGUACAUCAAUCCUGGGGUUCACCCCUUCUCUUUUGCUCUCAAACACUAGCUGCUCACACUCCAGGCUAUUUUAG